AUGAGAAAGAGGUCUUCAUCAAGUUUGAAACAUCCCUCAAUCAACGGUAAUUUUGAUAUUAGACCUCCGAGUGGAAAUCCAACAAUUCAAGUUGGAAAUAUCUUUCUGGAUGCAAGUAACAAUGAUGAACGGGUGGAGAUGGAAUACAACAGGAAAAGUGGACAGUAUAAUCGGAAUGAAAGGAAUCAAUUAAGGUCCAGUUUUCAAAAUGAUGAAGAAAAAAACAAGCAAACAAAUGAUGAAAAAUUAAAUCCUAUUAAAAUUGAAAAGAAAGGAUUAUUUGGUUUAACCAUAUCUUCACCUAAAGGUGACAACAGAAGAUCGACCAGUAAAUCACCUCAACUAGUUAUUGAGGAAGAAACGUUUAUCAAGAAAACUCCUCUCAGUCCUAUUAGAAAGAAGGAUGUUAGUUUUCAGCCAAAUAAUGAAAACUCAAUCUCAUUCAGGAAAAAACCUACUGAACCUUUUAGUGAGCUAGAAAUUUCCUCUCUUUCAAAGAAAAAUAACCAUGCAAAAGCUCCCGAACCCAUAAAAAUCCCGGAAAGCAACUCUUCUUCAGUGGUUCUCAUCUCUAAAAGCCCAAUGAAUAGGUCUUUCAAAGAUCAAGCAUGGACCACAAAAAACUCCUAUGACAAUACUGUCCCAAUAGAAAUUGAAACACUAUCUAAUAGUGGGAGAUUUACCCUAUUAAAAUUAGAGCCAAGAAAAACAACUAAUGCAGUGCCCACCCAAAAAUUGGAAAGAAAAGAAUCAGGGGAUUUAAAAAAAACCGUUACUGACCUUAACUCUUCCAAUUUGAUGGAUAAGAUCAAUUUAAAUUCCACUCUUUCCCAUGUCCCUAGCAAUCCUCUUUCUAGAGACUCCCUCCGUAAUUUAUUUUCCCAUACAAUUUCUCUAACAAAUCAUCUUGAAGGUAAAAUCUCCCCAAGUGUCAAUGACACUCAAAUUAAUCAUAGUUUUAUUGAAGCAUCAAUGAAUAGUGUUAAAUGGUCAAAGGUUAUUCAGAAAGAAUCAAAGAAAACGCUUGAAAAACCUGUUGGAACUAAAUUUGGAGAACGUUAUGAAUUUGAAACAAUGGAUAGCUUAAUGCUCAAUGAAUCUCCUCCUCCAACAAACUCGGGAUCACUAAUAGCUUUUCCUUCCAAAAGAAAAUUGUGUUUAUUUGGAGGAUCUACAAAUUGUGGUUCUUCUAGUGAGACAUGGUUGUUUGAGGUUGGGUUACAAAAAUGGAUGAAGGUUAUGAUUGACCCAUUGCAUAACCACAGCAUUCCAGAAAAACGUUUUGGGCAUUGUGCUGGUGUUUUUGAUUCGAAUACUAUGUGCAUCUUUGGAGGAGGUGAUUCUGAUAGUAGAACACUAUAUAAUGACUUAUGGAUAUUUAAACCUGAUCCAUUUCCUAUUUGGAAAUGCUUAAGCAAAUCGAACAGUAAUGGUGUAAAAGGUCAACCAACACCUAGAAUGCAUUCAGUGUGUGCAGUGAAAGAUGAUUUAUUGUUUAUUCAUGGAGGAGAAGGGUCGAACUUUUUAGCAUUAGAUGACUUGUAUGUUUUCAGUAGGUCUCAAAAUUUCUGGAUUCCCCUUAUUCCCGUAUUACCAAAACCAUCACCCAGAUUUCUGCAUACAGCAAGUGUCAUUGAUUCAAAGAUAAUCAUUAUUGGAGGAAUGAACGGUGCCAAUGAAAUUGAAGAUUCUGUUUGGUCGUUGGACACACGGUCUUUCUUUUGGCAAGAGAUCAAAAUACCAAAAAUUCAAGGACCAUUCAAGGAUGGCUCUCUGUAUGGUCAUUCUGCAACCGUUUGGGGAAAUAGAAUAAUGGUAUUUGGAGGAUUGAAAGGAAAUACAAGAAAAAUCAAUGACAGAGUUUGGUUAUUGGAUUUAUUAGCAAAUGUUUGGAUUGAUAUUUCAGAUAAUUGGAACAGCACAACUGAUCUACCAACUCAUCGAUACAAACAUAUGGCUGCUUCAGAUUUUUAUUCUCAUAUUUCUUGCAAUACUUAUAGGCCUUUCGAAAAGCAACAUUUAUCAUCCUUAGCAAAACAUCAAGUUUCCAAAUAUUUGCACGAGCAUCCAGCAAAUCAAGACAAAAAUAGCGAUCCAAUAAUGUUGAGAAUGCCUGCUGACAUUUCUUUACAAAAGCUUACAAAAACCUACUUUUUUGGUGGCACACAAAAUACUAAACGUUCCAAUGAGCUUUGGGAGCUCUCUCUUGUAUUCCAUAAAAAACCUGGCGAUUAA